AUGGAAGUAAAAGUUUUGCACAGGAAUCCCGAGGAUUAUAAGAAUAAUCCUGGUUUUUCUAAUUAUAAGCAUGUGAGAAGCUUUGAAAAGAAUAUCCAUUUAUUUCAGAGAGAAAUAGAAUAUAAAAGAGCUUUAAAUGCUACAAAAAUUGACAAAAUAUUCGCAAAACCGUUAGUAAAAUGUUUAGAUGGACAUGAUGAUUCUAUUAGAUGUAUUUGCGUGUCAAAUAAAAACUUAACCGACUUAUAUAGUGGAAGUUGUAAUGGCUUUAUAAAUACUUGGAAUAUUUUAGAUAAAAAAUUAAUGAGGAAAUUAAAGGCACAUGAUGGGUUUGUAAGAGGGUUAUGUACAAGCUAUGAUGAUAAAUAUCUCUUCAGUUGUGGUGAUGAUAAAUAUAUAAAGCAAUGGACUAUUGAAAAAAAUAAAAACAUAAAUGAAUUAACUGAAGAAGAUACAGUAGAACAAAAUAUGAAUAAUUUAAAUUAUCUAGAAAAUGAAAUAAUUCCAAAAAAGAUCUAUGUUUGUAAAAGUGUACCUAACAGUAUUGAUAAGCAUUUUUCAGAGGCUCUAAUAAUAUCAGGUAGUCAGACAUUAGAUGUGUGGGAUUAUUAUAGAAAUAAUGCAAUAGCUAGCUUUGAUUAUAAUAGUGAAUAUAUAUAUUAUGUAAAAUUUAAUUAUGCACAAAGAAAUUUAGUUGGUUUAACCUUAUCAGAUAAUUCAGUGGGACUAGUAGAUAUUAGAAAUAAAGUACCAAUUAAAAAAUUAUUUUUAAAAUAUAGAAGUAAUUCACUAAGCUGGAAUAAUAUGAACCCUAAGCAAUUUAUUGUUGCUAAUGAAGAUUCGAAUUUAUAUACCUUUGAUAUAAGAUAUUUGAAGACAGCUUAUAUGGUGCAUAAAGGUUUUGUAAAUGCUGUAUUAGAUGUUGACUUUUCUCCAAUUGGAAAUAAGUUCGUUGCUUGUUCUUAUGAUAAAACUAUUCGACUGUAUAAUAAUGACGAACCAACAAGUUAUGAUGUAUAUCAUACUAGACGCAUGCAACAUGUGUUAUGUUGUAAAUAUAGUUUAGAUGCAAAAUAUGUUUUGACAGGAAGUUCUGACAUGUGCAUACGAAUUUGGAAAUCAUGUGCGCAUGAACCUUCUGGAGUAUUAUCAUUUAAAGAAAAACAAGCCAUAAAUUAUCGAAAUAAAUUAAAAGAAAAAUAUGCAUCAUUAAAAGAAAUUAAAAGAAUCCGAGAACAUCAUCAUGUUCCUGCUCUAAUUAAAAGCAUGUCUGAUAAAAAGAAAAUUAUGCUAGAAGCAAAGAAAAGAAAAGAGCAAAAUAUAAUUAACCAUUCAAAAAAAUACGAUCGAAAACCUAUACCAGAGAAAAAGAAAAUAUUCGUCACUGAACAGUAG